AUUUUUUUGAUCCGAACGACGAUGUGCCGCCAUAGUUCUAGAGACUUCUACGCCGAGAACCUUCCGAACUCUACGGGUUCCCUUUAUUGCUUCCUCCAUCCUUACUUCUCGUUCGCUUAGAUCUCUCUGAACCCGCUUGAAAUUCUCUCUUUCUCAUCUCUCCGACGUAAUUUUCCCUCUCCCAAGCUCCGGUAAUGGCCAAGUUCGGCGAGGGCGACAAGCGGUGGAUCGUCGAAGAACGUCAGGAUGGCACCAAUGUCCAUAACUGGCACUGGGCUGAGACGGAUUGUCUCGAAUGGUCCCGCAAUUUCAUGUCUAAGCUUUUCUCUAACCUCCCCCUUCUCGACGGCGAGGGCGGCCUUUUCAUCAAAACCAAGAAGGUGGACAAGGUCGAUGGCGAAGCAUAUGUCAAUAUUCGGAAGGGGAAGAUCAUUCCUGGUUAUGAACUUAGUGUCACUCUCUCUUGGGUAGGCGAGGCCAAGGAUUCCGCCGGUAAAUCUGUGCAGAAGGUCGAUGGGCUUGUGGAGAUUCCGUACAUUUCCGAUGAGAACGCCGAUGAGGAUCCUGAAGUUAGGGUUUCUGUCCAGGACGAAGGGCCGAUUGGGAAGAGAAUGAAGGAUGCUAUGUUGGCUAAGGGGAAGCCGAUUGUGUUGGAGAAGGUGAGAUUGUAUGUGCAGAGUAUGGCUAAGGGUGGGCCUGCGAAGGAUGAUUUGGAGGCCAAAAAGGUGGCGCCGAAGAGUAAUCAAUCUGCGGCGGCGGCAGCUGCCCCUGCAACCCCUGUGGCGCCAAAGCCGGCAGUGGCGGCAGAGAAGAAGAAGAAAGCUAAGGAAGGGUUUAAGACAAUAACUCUGACCGAGAAGUUUAGUUGUAGGGCAAACAUUCUGUUUGAAAUUCUCAUGGACGACAAUAGAUGGAAAGGAUUCACUCAGAGCAAUGCUAAAAUAAGCAAGGAAGUCGGUGGAGAGAUCAGUAUAUUUGAUGGGUCUGUCACCGGGAAGAACUUGGAGUUGGAAGAGGGGAAGUUGAUUGUGCAACAAUGGAGAUUCGGAAGCUGGCCUGACGGCAUUCAUUCCACGGUGAAGUUGACAUUCGAUGAGCCCGAGCCAGGGGUUACCGUUGUGAAGUUGGUACAUUCCGACGUGCCUGAGGAGGACAGAUAUGGGAACGCAACUGUAGUGGAGAACACAGAGAGGGGCUGGCGGGAUCUUAUUUUCCAUAAGAUCAGAGCAGUUUUUGGAUUUGGAAUGUGAUGGGGUACUGUCUUACACUAGAGUCCAGUCCUUUGACUUAUGAAGAAGCUUAUCAUUUGCAUAUCUUCAUGAAUUAAAAUUACUUGAAAUGCUUCAUUUUUCAAUUGUCAGAUGAUGGUGUUGUGCUCAUAGUAUGUGCUGUCUUCCAUCCAUAUUUGAGAAUGAAAAUUCAUUGUUGGAUUCUGAGUUUUGACAUAAAUGAGAUACAAUUGUCAUCUCUUUAUCA